GGAGCUCAGUGCGUCUCGCGCGACGAGCGCUUCGAAAUUGCGCGACGACCCGCGCGCGGGACAUUUUCAAAAUUGUUCGUAUUAAAAAAAAAGGUUUUAAAAAACAUGGAGAAAACGACGAGCGUGGAAAAGUUACAUAAGUCAGCCGUGCAGUUGGCAAGAGUAUUGGUGUGAUCUUGCAAAACACAAAGAUUAGUGAACAUUUUUGGUGAAAAAAAAAAAUAAAAUAAAAAGUGGAUGUUGAAUUUAGAAAAAAAAAAAAAUCAUCGAGAAUUAACCCGGCAGGAAAGAAAAUACGAGAAGAAAGAUAAUCACGAAGGAUUUUGUGAAAAAGUUUUUCAAAUUUCCAAUACAAGUGAGCGGUGAAAAUUUGAGAAAAAAAAUUAGGCUAAUAAAAUUUUGACUUUUUUUUUGUCUUUCUUGUACCACAAUCGCUGACGAUGUUCUUUUUCUUUCGGUUACGAGGCAAAAACCCAUGGCUGGUUUUCAUUUAAUUUUACCGGACCCUUCUCCAUAUCCCAAUCGAACGGCACGACUGAGCUUUAGGUCUCCUUGAAACUAAGAACAAGGAAGAUAUGGGACUUUGUGAUUAGGGGGCUAGUUAAUUCAAUAAAAUUCAACGGAAGAAGACAAAGCUGAAAAUCAGCCUGAAGUCGUGUAUUCUCCUAGACACAGUUUCAAUGGGGAGCCGCCUUUAACCGAGUGACAAGUAACAUUUCGUCAUUGGAUUUCCCCUUUGCCCCCUCAGGCAUAAGGGACUUAGCCCAGACAGCCAGAAGAUUAUGUAAAAAAAGUUUUAAGCAUGCGGGUGAACCUUUAGGUAUUACCGUUUGUGUAAUUGACGGAUUAAGUACGUCCGUUUUUCGCGUUUUAAUGAAAUAAGAAAAUCUUUUUUUAACCAAAUAAAGAAAAACAAGACAAUAAAAAAUAAAUAAAUUUAUUUAUUUAAACAAUCAAUAAGUAUCUGCUGUCAAGGUGUUCGGUUAUAAAGUAACAAAUAAUAAUUCGCCGUGAAUCGACUCUCAUUGCCGAGGUGAUUUUGAAAAAUCGCUUGUUACACAAAAAAACUCAAAAUUCGUGUUAAACGGGGUUGGCCGAAGAACGAAAAAUCUUAUUCAUGAGAAUCGAGGGGAUAUCUUUUGGCACAUAAUAUUACCGUGACGUGGUUUUACUGUUUUAUUUAUACUGAAUCCAAAAGAGCUGCUGCCUGUCGUGUUUCUGGCUGGCUAUACAGUUCGAGUAGCCGUCGCCGGUUUGCCGUCUGGCCGUUUCUGCCCUGCAUCUACUUACUUGCUUUUACGCUGGAUUAAAGGGACGUCUGACCAGACACAGGAUGUCACCCCUGUAGCUGUUGAUCCUAAUAAAUAAAAUUCUCGGAUUUUUGGAAACUCUUUGCCGUUUAUUGGGAUACGCGCGUCAUACGCUCGCAUCCUCCUGGCGUCGGUGAGAGACAUCAUGAAGAGGCUGGGGUCCAGGAGCUCGAUCUUGGAUUUUAUCUCUCAGCGACAUCUCGUUAAGGAGUACACUACUUUAUCGUGUAGAUUCACUGGCACCAGGUGAACUUUGAACUCCGGGAGAUGAGAACGUGGCUGCAAUCCGCGUGUUACGUGGAAUCGAGAUAAUAAGGUGAAUUGUGGGAAUCGAAGAUUAUGGCGCUCUGGACCACUCCGAUAAUGUCCCAUAAAUUGAAAAGGUAGUGAACAGUUCUUAAGAGUGCGAUUUGGAUUACCUGAGAAAAAAGAUAGAUACAAAAAGGUAUUUAUUUAAAUGGAAAAAUGAAGUCGUACCUGGUGGAUUUGAUAAAUAAAAUCCAAAAAGUCUGUAUGGGUAUAGAAAAUUUGAAAAAUUCGAAAACCUGAAAAAUACAUCCGAGGAAUUUUCACUCGGACAUCCCCCAAAACCGGAGCUUGAAUAUUUCACAAUUCUACACCCUCUGGCCCUUACAGGCAACCCUUAAUAUUCUGUGCAAUUAUAACCGUCGCUAAUAUUACAUUUAAAGCUCGCAUAAUUUGGAUGAUGUUCAAUGAAGGAAUUUAAAAAAAAAUUUUUUUUAAUCCUGCAAAAUUAAUAACCGUAAAUGAUAAUCGCGUUCUAACCUCUCCCAGUGUCGUAUUCUUAGUGUAAAACGAAGUGUACUGGUUUCGGUGAGAUGAGAAAAACGCGUGGAAAUUUCAUCCCUUUUGGAUGUAAAGUGUAAUAAUAAUAAUAAUAAUACGUAAUUCAUUCCGCGAUUUUGAGCCAGCAAUAUAUGCAAAAGUGACGUGAAUUAAUCGAUUGAGUUUUAAGACGAAAGAUUAAUUAAUAAGAUCUACGUAGCUCAAGAAGAUGGAAGCGAAUGAAGCAAUUAGCAAUCUGACCGAUUAUCUUGCUGAUAACGUGACUGAUAAAUUAAUCGGUAACAUUACCGACAAUGGUACCGUGAUCUACGAGUGCAAAAGUCCCUUGGAAAAGAGCGCCCUCUUUGAAUUCAUCGUGAACGGCAUCCUGCUCAAUCUGAUUGGCCUGUUUGGACUCUUUGGUAAUUUCAUCUCGAUGAUCAUCUUAUCACGGCCACAGAUGAAAUCAUCAAUAAAUUACCUAUUGAUCGGUUUGGCGAGAUGCGAUACGAUCCUUAUCAUAACUUCGAUUCUUUGCUUCGGUCUACCAGCCAUUUACUACUACACUGGAUUUUUCUUCACCUACAAAUUCGUGGUGUAUCCAAAAAUAGUAAAAUUCCUCUACCCGCUCUUAGCGAUGACGCAAAUGGUCACUGUCUAUUUGACAGUGACAGUGACCAUGGAAAGAUACGUGGCAGUCUGUCAUCCAUUAAGGGCCCGUUCACUCUGCACCUACGGUCGAGCACGGUUGGCAGUCCUCUGCAUAAUACUCUUCGCAUUUGUAUAUAAUCUCCAAAAAUUUUGGGAAGUGGACUUCGAAACGGAAGUACAUUGGAAAUAUAACGUAACCAUCUACUGCAUCGUACCUACACAACUAAGAUCCAAUUUGGUUUACCUGUCCGUAGUAAAUUGGAUGUACUUCGUGUUCUACUACGAGCUGCCAUUUGCGUUCUUGGUUAUAUUUAACCACGCGAUAUACCAGCAGGUCAGAAAAGCCAAUCGGGAUCUACAGCAUCUGUCGCGACAUCAGCGACGUGAAAUUGGCUUGGCGGUCAUGUUGCUCUGCGUCGUGAUAGUAUUUAUAAUUUGCAACAUCUUGCCCCUCGCUACCAACAUCUAUGAGAAUUUUCGUGGGCAGCCACCCAACUGGAUGGUCCAGCUGGGAAAUUUAAUGGUGACCAUAAACAGCAGCGUCAACUUCAUAAUCUACGUGAUAUUUGGACGUAAAUUCAAAAGGAUCUUCCUGCGCUUGUUCUGCGGCAACAGAUUCUUCGGUCCCGGCAGAGACAGUCCUGAAUUUCAGACGAACGACGAAUCCGUUACCACGAAUACAACCAACAUAGAGUUACGUAAUUCCAUAAGGAGGUCCCAUCUUCAGAGAUCCAAUACGACCAUCAGCAGGAACAAUAACGUCCUCCUCAAUGGGAACAGUCGACAGAGUGUCAAAGGGAUAGGAAGAUCAGCCAGUCCAGGUCCUUGCGUCUAUUACCCAGCAAGAAGUCCAGUUCGGAGUCCUAGUCAAUUGUCUAGGACCUCGAGCGCCCAAAAUGGAUGGACCAAGAGUGACAUGGCGGAUACGCCCCUGCAAUAAGGGUCUCGGUGAACAGGAGUAUCUCCGACUUGAUAAAUGACUGUAUAUGAUGAUUUCCUGGAAACUCAUGAUUAUCCUGUCGGGGAUUCCUAGUUUUGCCGUGAGCAUUCGAGGAAUUUCAGAAUGAGGAGAAAUUCCUUGGCAGAUCUUGUCACGCGAGACCAAAUUGGUCCAAAUGUGUAUUUUUGGGACGUGAGUGUUAUUAUUAUUUUUUUUUCUUUUUUUUUUCUCUCUCUUUUUCAAUUCCCAGGAAAAUUAUUACCGAUGAUCAUCCAAUUUUAGCUUCCGGUAGCUGUCUGGCAUUUGUUGGAUCAGCUGGAACUUCGAGGUUUAAUUCGAAUUCGUUCGGGGGAUAUGGUAUUUCGAAAAGUUCUUCGAUAUGAACUUUCCUUGCUUCUCUUUUUCUUCUUUCACUUUUAUAUUUAACUUUCCUUAUUCUUUAGUCUCUUCACUUCGCGUAUCUCGUCGUUUACAACGCCUGUACCUUCUUAUCCAUGUAAAAUUAUAUUAUAUACGAAUUGUACAUAAAUCACAGUCGAUCGCGUUUCGCGACUCUUAUGCCUACCGGAAAUCGAAAUUUUUGACUACUUCCUUUAACCAACCGGAAGUUUGUACUGUUGGUGGAUAAUUUAUCGUUGAUUGAAAUCUUACGAGAGCCAAUUUCGAUUAAUCUGAUGAGAUUUAAAAUACGAUGCAAAGAACAGUAUUAUUAUGGGUACGUUUAAUAAAAGGAUAAAGAUACGUCUCAAAACUUUGCAGCUAUAGGAAAAUGUGUCGUUAACGCAGUGUUUAAUGUAAAUGUAAGGAAAAAGAAAAGAUUAAAAGAUUUGUCUUUUUCUUUUAUUUUCUUAUUUACGCUGUCCUGCAUUGAAAAUGUUCUAUUUAUCGGUUAUAAAUAUAUAUAUUUAUUUAUAUAUAUAUAUAUAUAUAUAUAUACACAUAUAUAUUCUAUGAGAAAGAUAAUUAUCAUCAGUUUCAACCGAUGCAAUGACUAUAUGAGAUGCCAAAAAUAAAAUGAAAAUCGCCGUAUGAUAUUUAAAAAAAAAAAACCUGUUGAUCCUUUGAAUAUUUUAUGACAAAGAGUAAAGAGUAUUUUCUUGAGA